AUGUUGUCUGUGGCUUCUCUUCUUAACCCAGCCCCGCCAGUGCGACCUUCGGCUCAUCGACUGCCACCAAGUCCAGUAUCAUCGGCGUCGCCUCCAGCAUCCCUUUCUGACGAGUCGGCUUUAUGCGACCGGUCGGUGAUGCCCAAGAACAAGAUGCCGAAGGACGCUGCAGUCUUUACCAAAGCCAAGCCCAAAGGAGUCAUCAACUUCCGUCCAUUCGAACAGCUUGAAGAGUCAUCGAUGCGCGAAAUCCGGAAAUAUCGAGUCUUUCCACUUGGGAAUAUUCAGGAGUAUUGCCGACACAUCCCAUACAAUAGUGGCAAGAAGGAUUUCUACGAGAAGACAGGCCGAGAGAGCUUUGAAGUCUUCCAAUACGUGUUCAAGCUUCCUAGAGACAAUACCGAGUAUGCCGUCAUGUGGGACUACAAUGUCGGCCUCGUCCGGAUGACGCCUUUCUUCAAGUGCUGUAAAUACUCCAAGACAACGCCAGCAAAGAUGCUAAACUUGAACCCUGGCCUCAAAGAGAUAAGCCACAGCAUCACUGGAGGCUCGAUCAUGGCACAAGGCUACUGGAUGCCGUAUCAUUGCGCCAAGGCCGUAUGCGCAACAUUUUGUCAUCACAUUGCUGGUGCCUUGAUUCCCAUCUUUGGCCCGGACUUUCCUAUGAGAUGCAUACCGCCCGAGGCCCCUGAACAUGGGCGUAUGAUCAUUGAUCCCGCAAUCAUCUCGGAGUCUACCAGAGAAGCCGCACACUUUCGACAAAUGUACUCUAACAUGAUGGCACCUACAAACAGCCCGAGUCCCAAGAGGGAUCGUAAGGUCUUCAAGAGUGUCUACGAUGAUGGCCGACACCAUCCGCGCCUUCGCCUGCGUCGACCCUUUCUCAGCUAUGAGAGCCCAUAUGGCACUGACACUGAAGGCGAGCACUCACCUGUGACUGACCGAAACAUCCCAGAACGUUUCAAUUACGCAUCGAUCCCUCCUAUUGCUUCGCAUCGAGUCACUAGUGGCUGGUCGCCAGUCAAUAUCCCUUCACAUCGCCAAGAGGCGCCGGCUCCGAGCCCAUGGUUGAGUGCUGUGCCACGAAUCACGGGCACACCUUCGUACUCUCCAAGCCAUGCUCAGCACACGCGAGUAUACUCUGACCAUCCACAACAUACGCAUCUACGCAUUCACCCACACCACCAUCACCAUCAUCAUCACCCGCAUCAUCAUCAUCAUCAUCACGCUUCUCCAUCUCAACACACACAGGUCCACGAAAGGGCAGAUGGUCAAGACCACCAACAUUGGCGACACGCCAAGCGAUCGGCGGAGCACAUUGACCCGGAGCACGGCUACGACGGAGACGAGAGCAGAAACACAACUGCACCCAGCACAGCCGCGACGAGUCCGCUCGAGGACAGGCCGUCGGAAACCAGUCUAGGAUCCGACAAGAAUGCCGCUAUGCUGCUGAUGAAUCUAAGCGUUCGUGAUACGGGCUCGAAGCGCAGCGGUCGCUGCGAAGGGGCUGGCACCGCAUCCGAGACAACGACACCCGUUGAUGUGUCGUUCCCCCGAGUCAAGCGGUCGAGGGCCAGCUCAAUGUAA